CGCCCCCGAGGCGCCCCAUUGGCUGGCGAAGCUAUAUAUAGAUGUCAGGCGGGGGGAGGUUCUCUUUCGGCUCCGUGCCGCCCUGGCCUCCACACGGCGUUGUCAGCGUUCCCUGUCGUUGCUUCCAAAGGGAAACCCCACAAUGUCCGGAGGCCUCGAUGUCCUGCAGAUGAAGGAGGAGGAUGUCCUCAAAUUCCUCGCUGCCGGGACCCACCUGGGAGGUACCAACCUCGACUUCCAGAUGGAGCAGUACAUCUACAAAAGGAAGAGCGAUGGUAUUUACAUCAUCAAUCUGAAGAGGACUUGGGAAAAGCUGCUCCUGGCAGCUCGUGCCAUUGUUGCCAUUGAGAAUCCAGCUGAUGUGAGCGUCAUUUCUUCCAGGAACACUGGACAGCGUGCGGUUCUGAAGUUUGCUGCUGCCACUGGGGCUACUCCUAUUGCCGGGCGUUUCACCCCUGGCACCUUCACAAACCAGAUCCAGGCAGCUUUCCGUGAGCCACGGCUCCUGGUGGUUACGGACCCCCGGGCUGAUCACCAGCCGCUGACAGAGGCAUCCUAUGUCAACAUCCCCACCAUUGCCCUGUGCAACACCGACUCCCCGCUGCGCUAUGUGGAUAUUGCUAUUCCCUGCAAUAACAAGGGAGCCCACUCAGUGGGCCUGAUGUGGUGGAUGCUGGCUCGGGAGGUCCUGCGCAUGCGUGGCACCAUCUCCCGUGAGCACCCCUGGGAAGUCAUGCCUGACUUGUACUUCUACAGGGAUCCUGAGGAGAUUGAAAAGGAGGAGCAGGCAGCUGCUGAGAAAGCAGUUACAAAGGAAGAAUUCCAGACUGAAUGGACCGCCCCGGCACCUGAAUUCACUGCUCCUCCUCAGCCUGAGGUUGCAGAUUGGUCUGAGGGAGUGCAGGUCCCGUCUGUGCCCAUCCAGCAGUUCCCCACAGAGGACUGGAGUGCCCAGCCUGCUACUGAGGACUGGUCAGCAGCUCCCACGGCCCAGGCUACUGAGUGGGUUGGCACUGCCACGGAAUGGUCUUAACUUCAGCCCUGCUGUACUGAGAGAGAAAUAAAGGCUGGUUUAGUACAUGC